CCUCUCCUUCGUUUCCCUCACUUUUGAAACACCUAAUUUCCUCUCUAACUCCUUCUCUCUCUGAACCACACUGCUCGUAUGUUCCUCCCAGUUUAGCCUAUGGAAUAAACUUUCCGUUUAGAGAAUCAACGAAAAAUCGUAGCUCUAUUCUUCAACCUCAGCCUGAGCUACCCACGUUGUCCCCAUCUCCUCCACCUCUAGCUCCUCAAGUUACUGUUGAAGAAGCCAAAGCAAGCAACCCCCGAGCCAGUCAAGCAGCUCCUCAAGUUAACGACAAAUCAAGCAAUUCUCAAAGCAACGGAGCUGGCAAGUAAGAUUCACAUAGUGGACUUUGGGAUUGUUCAAGGAGUUCAAUGGUCUGCGCGCUCUUUUGCAAGCCUUAGCGACCAAGUCAGCUGGAAAAUCGAUCAGGAUUCGUAUUUUCGGUAUACCUGCCCCUAUUUUGGGAUCAUCUUCGGCUCUUUCCCUUUUUGCUACUGGUAGCCAUCUACGUAACUUUGCGAAGCUUCUAGAUUUGAAUUUCGAAUUCGAACCGAUUCGAACUCCACGAGGUGAGGUACUGGCUGUAAAUUUCAUGUUUCAAUUGUAUAAUUCGUUAGAUGUUACUUCGGUCGUUGUAGAUGAAACUCUCCGUUUGGCUAAAUCUUUAAACCCCAAAGUCGUGACAUUGGGUGAGUACGAAGCGAGGUUAAAUCGAGUUGGGUUCCCGAACGGUUAAAGAAUGCUCUACGAUAUUACUCGAUUGUGUUCGAAUCAUUGGAACCGAACUAUACAAUUUAAACUCGCGAAUCACCCGAGAGAAUACAAGUUGAAAGACUGUUACUGGGUCGGAAAAUAGCGGGGAUUAUUGGACCGGACGAAGCUGGAAACCAAUGGGAGUGGAUGGAAGAUGAAGAGCAAUGGAAGGGUUUAAUGGAAAGUGCUGGUUUUGCAGAGCUUGGAAAGAGGUGCCCCUACUCACAGUUUCGUCCAGGCGUUGAUGAUGAUUUCAAAGGCCAUCAAUGUUGUGAAUUUUUCCACCUGGAUCUGGUGGACGGAGGACGGUAGCCUGGUUAGCAGCAGAGGAAAUCAUUUGGUUAGUGGCAAAGAAUAUACAACCCUUAUUAUGCAAAUCCUUUGUUUUUUUAUUAUGAAAUUCAGACUGAAGAAUCUAUUAAGUAUAAUCUGUUUCAUUAAUUACUCGAGUAAGUAGCUUAGUAUGGUGGCAAAACAAGGAGCAAUUCACUUGAGAGACCCAAGUUUGAGUCCCUUUCAUGCAUUUCACCAUUUUCAUUGUGCACCAAUCAGAGAGUUACACGUGUUACUCUCUUAUUGGUGCGAAUUAAUAAUAUAAAAUAUAAAUAAUAAUUUUAAAAAAUGAUGUGGCAGCGCCACGUCAGCAAUCUCGAUGACCUGGACAUCCACGUAAACUUUCUCCUCCACACGUGCACGCUUCAUCAGCACCCGGCAUAGACUGUCAGUUGACUGACGGUUUUCAUUUAGCGUGGGUUAUUUUUGACCAAAAAAUAAACGUUCAAUGCCCAAAUGUUCAAAAAAAAAAAACAAUAACGGCAAAUGUGACACCACUGUCAAACGUUAAUGUUAUUUUGUUGCAUUAUGCUUUUUUUAUUUUUUGGAAAACAUCAAUUCAGACGAGGUUAUAAAUGGCUAAUGGAGGUUAGAGACAGUUUGGAGAUAGCUCACUCUUCUGAGUACUUGAAUUUCCUCAAACACUACUUCCGAGCCUUCUCAGUCAUCCUUCUACAGAUUACAAAGCCUCAAUUCUCUGACAAUCUCGAGCACAAAGUGCGGAAUGUUGUGGUGGAAAUUCUCAAUAGGCUUCCUCACAGUGAAGUUCUUCGACCGUUUGUUCAAGACCUAUUAAAAGUAGCCAUGCAAGUUCUAACUACUGAUAAUGAAGAAAAUGGCUUAAUUUGUAUCUGAAUCAUCUUCGACCUUCUUAGGAAUUUCCAGCCUACUUUAGAGAAUGAGGUGCAACCUUUUUUAGAUUUUGUGUGCAAGAUUUACCAGAACUUUAGGUUGACAGUUAGCCAUUUCUUUGAUAAUGCUGCUAUGGGAAUGGAAGUAGAUGUCAAGCCUAUGGAUACGUCUUCUUCAGUGGAUCAAGGGAUCACUUCGAGUGGAUAUGCUGGGAACGGGCAGUUGAAUCCCAGUACACGAUCAUUCAAGAUAGUUACAGAGAGUCCACUUGUAGUUAUGUUUCUGUUUCAAUUGUAUAGUCGACUUGUACAAACUAAUAUUCCUCAUCUGUUACCGUCGAUGGUUGCUGCAAUAUCUGUUCCAGCACCUGAAAAGGUUCCUCCCCAUUUGAAGACUCAUUUCAUUGAGUUAAAAGGUGUACAGGUUAAGACAGUUUCCUUUUUAACAUGCCUUUUGAAGAGCUUUGCUGAUUAUAUAAGACCACGUGAAGAAAGUAUAUGUAAAAGCAUUGUCAAUUUACUUGUUACAUGUUCUGACUCGGUAUCCAUUAGAAAGGUGUUGUUGGUAGCCUUGAAACACGUUUUGGGCACAGAUUUCAAGAGGGGUUUGUUUCCUUUGAUCGACACACUAUUAGAAGAGGGGCCCAAAAUCGGAGCUCAAUUACAACAGGAGACCCAAACCCAGAGGCCCAAAAUCGAAUCUGACCCAAAAAGCCCAAUAGAACCCUAAACCUAAUUAGGGUUUUCACAUUUCUAUUAGGGUUUCAUCACCCUAUCCUAGCCGUUUUCACUGUCUGCCGCCCCACGACGACGCUGCUGCUGCCACGCCUCAACCCUCGCCGAGCAUUCCAGAAGCUAGCUGCCCCACCACAUCAAUGCUUUAUGGUGAGUCACCACCAUAGUCCGGUGACUCACCGAAAGUCACCAAUGGAACCGGUCCGAAGGGCAUAUCUCUAUGGCUAUAAAAGCCAUCGCACUGCAAAAGGAAAAAAGACAGAGCAAGAACGGAAGUGACGGAGCAACCAUCGAGAAGGAAAACAGAAGAAGAUACGAACACCAACAACAAAUAAAACCACCAAAUCCAUAAAACAGAAAGAAAGAAAGGAGAGAGAGCUUACCGAGGAAACCACACGGUAACCGGAAACGUUACACGCUGACGAAACCUUCGAAAUACCCGAAGGCAUUUCUCUAGAUCUACUCGAUUAGGAGUUUUUUAGGGGAAACUAAGGCUGGAUUCGGCUUUGGGGGGUUCAGGGUUUUAUUUUGGGGUAUUUAUGUAAAAUUCAACCACUGUGUAUGGUGGCUGAUGGCGGCGAUCACCACUGGAGCACGGUGGCCGACGGCUGCCGGACUUCACUCCGGCGAGGAAAUCUAGAGAGAAGCUAGAGAAAUUGAUAUAUCUCUCUCUUAGAGAGAGAAUGAGAAAGAGAGAAAUGAGAGAACCGACCAUUCAGGCCGGUUAAAUGGGUUUAUAUUCCCCUUCCCAAACGGCUUCGUAUUGGGGAAGGGUAUAUACGCAAUUUUAUUAACGGACGAACUAUUCCCGUAAUCCUUGAUGUUUUGUAAACUUUUAU